GAUGACCUAUAAACAGGUAACUCUGCCCAAUUAAUAUUAAUUGCUCUUAGGAUGUUAAGCUAUCGGUUAUAUCUGGCGUAGCUAAAAGCUUCCUUUCAUUUCUAUUUUGAAUAUCAGUUUUGGAAUUUUGUUUUCCUUUUGAUUGCAGUAAGGCAUGCAAAAGCAAAGAGGUGAACGUGGGAAACAAGCACAAGCUGCACAUCAAGUUGUUGUGCUGCCUGAGAUUGUUCCUGGGAAACUCACUGAACAGCAUUGGUUAGAACUACAAGAAGGGUACAAAAAUGAAGAUUAUGCCAGCGAGAUAGUAGAAGACAUUGUUAAUAUUGUGCUUAAUAAAGCAUAUGAUAUUUACUUGGAACGACAGCUUCUGCCCUAUACAGUCAAUGCUGCUAUAGAAGCUUUAACAUUAUUAGUUGAAUGGAAUUUCCUAAGACGUGAUGAAUCCCAAGUAAGUCCUACUUUGCAACCUGGUUGGAUUUCAAGUGAAGAACCCGUGCGACCAGAAAUUGAUAAUUGGGCACCAAGACACUACUGUGAGGAAAGCAGGAAGCUUAUUGAUAACACAGUUCAAGAGAGUGUCUCUCAAGAAGAAGCAAGAGACAUGGAAGCAGCUGCAGUGAAAGAAGAAGCAGCUAAUCAGCAUGAAGUGCCUGGAACAGAAAAUGAACAUCAGAGUCCAAAACGUAGGAAAAUGAAACCUCCUAAAUUUACAGGUGUUAAAGAUAUCAAAAUGCCCUUAAAAUUUAGCAACACUUCAUUAAAGGUAAGAUUUCUACUUCACAUAUAAUGCACUGUUCAUGAU